AUGUCAACACCCCCCUUCCUCCCUCUCAUAGAUCCAUCGGGGUCUACCCUCCUCCCCUCUCUCGCCUUACUCGGCCCAGUCCUCAUUCCAGCUACCCUCGUACAAGCCGUACUUCCAACCUUACCACCCCAAGCGAGCUACUACGUCCAAGCUGCCGAGUCAUCCGAUGACCUAAUCUCAUUCCUGGAUAACGGUGCUCAGAAGAUCGUUGUCACUCCACCACAGGUGGAAGAACUCGCUGGCCAGGUACCUAAGGAGAGGUUGAUACUCAAAAUCGAUGAAAGUGAAAUAACAAACUACCAACAGUUAUUCUCACAAAUUAGCGGUAUCUACCUGAUCUCAUCUAGCGCCCACACUGCCAAAUCUCUCGGUCUAUCCAAUAUUGACAUCUACAUUCAAAACCCUUCACCUAACCCUACAGAACUUCUCGAAUCUAUCAAGUCAUCUCGACCAUCUUCAUACGUCAUUCCAACCGAAUACCUAUCUACAUCCCCCAAAACCACUUCUUCCCACUUAUCAAUCGCCGAAGCUUUCCUUGCACCUAUCAUUUCUGAUCGACCUGACGGCUUAUUCCCCACUAUCGUCUCUUCUUCAGAUUAUUCCAGUCAGCCAUUAGGUCUAGUAUACUCAUCGAAGGAAUCAGUGACUGAGGCGAUAGUGACCCAAAAAGGUGUCUAUCAAUCUCGUAGACACGGAUUAUGGAGGAAAGGAGAAACUUCCGGUGCAGUACAGGAAUUACUCUCCGUCAAGACAGAUUGCGAUAGUGAUGCGUUGAUCUUCGAGGUCGUCCAACACGGUACAGGGUUCUGUCACGUUCCAACUCAAUCAACAUGUUUCGGAAAUUUCACCGGAUUGGCCAAACUUGAAAACACCCUCAAAUCUAGAUUAUCCAAUGCUCCCGAAGGAAGUUAUACCAAGAGGAUAUUUACCGACGAGAAAUUACUUAGGAGUAAGAUUAUGGAAGAGGCUGAAGAAUUAUGCGACGCAAAGACAAAAGAUGAAAUUGCAUUUGAAGCUGCCGAUUUGUUUUACUUCGCUUUGGCUAAGUGUAUCUCCCAAGGCGUCAAUUUGAAAGAUGUUGAAGGAGCUUUAGAUAAGAAAUCACUCAAGGUGACUAGAAGGAAAGGCGAUGCUAAACCUAAAUGGGAAGAAAAGCUCAACGGUGCAGGUACUGCCAAAGCGGAACUUCCAGCAGGAGCUAAAGAAGGAUCGAAACCUACUGAACCUAUACCUCAGUCAUUCCCUGAAGUAGACGAAUCGAAGAUCAAGAUGAGAAAUGUCAAGUUGUCAACUUUGAACAAGGAACAGCGAAAGGACCUGUUGUUACGACCAGUAUUAAACUCUUUAGCAAUGAUAGAUAAGGUUAAACCUAUAGUAGAAAGGGUCAGAAAGGAAGGUGAUGCAGGAUUAAAAGCUAUGACCAAACAAUUUGACAAAGCCGAUCUCAUCUCAAACGUGCUCUUACCACCAUUCCAGACUCCUACUGAAGAUCAGUUACCAUUAGAUGUGAAGAAAGCUAUUGAUGUAGCUUAUGAGAAUGUCAAGAAGUUCCACGAGGCUCAAUCGGAGAAGAAACCAUUGGAAGUAGAGACGAUGCCAGGAGUGAAAUGCUCUCGAUUCGUUAGACCAAUUUCGAGAGUUGGUGUGUAUGUUCCUGGAGGAACAGCGAUCUUACCAUCCACUGCGAUAAUGUUAGGUGUACCAGCUCAAGUGGCAGGAUGCAAGACGAUCGUACUUGCCACUCCACCAAGACCGGACGGGUCGAUCUCCCCUGAAGUGCUCUACGUGGCUAAAUUGACAGGCGUGACGUGUAUACUCAAAGCUGGUGGUGCGCAAGCUGUUGGGGCUAUGGCAUACGGUACGGACGAAGUACCCAAGGUGGACAAGAUCUUCGGCCCGGGUAAUCAAUGGGUAACUGCUGCCAAGAUGUUAGUGCAGAAUGAUACGGAUGCAUUGGUCGCUAUAGAUAUGCCAGCAGGACCAUCAGAGGUAUUGGUAAUUGCCGACCACACUGCCAACCCAAUAUUCGUUGCAUCCGACCUUCUUUCCCAAGCCGAGCACGGAACCGACUCUCAAGUGGUGUUAGUAGGAAUCAACCUUACUGAUAAACACCUCGAAGAAAUCGAAAAUCAAAUUGACAUCCAAGCGAAAGCUUUACCACGAGUCGCCAUUGCCCGAGAAGCGAUCAAGAAGAGUGUGAUCGUCUUGGUGGAUAACGAACAGCAAGCUUUGGACUUCUCCAACGAAUAUGCUCCGGAACAUUUGAUCUUGCACCUGGAAGAUUCAGUGAAAGCCGUAGAGAAAGUCGAUAAUGCCGGAAGUGUCUUUGUGGGAGCUUUCUCUCCUGAAUCGUGCGGUGACUACGCCUCAGGAACUAACCAUACCCUUCCUACAAACGGAUUCGCCCGUCAAUUCUCAGGUGUCAACACCCUCUCUUUCCAGAAACACAUCACCUCUCAGCUCGUCUCGGGCGAUGGUUUGAAAGUAUUAGGUCCGAGCGUUGUGAGGUUGGCUGAGAGAGAGGGAUUGGAAGCUCAUGCGAAUGCCGUGAGAGUAAGGUUGGCAGAGUUGAACAAGUAA